GAUGGAAAGACGACCGAAACCAUGGAACCCCCUGCAAAGAGAAUGAGACUCGGGCAAUCCCCUUACGACGAUAAUGAUGACGAUGAGGCAAAUCUCGAUGAAUUAUCCAUGGAUCCAACCCAAUUUGAUGCUAGACAGGAUCCUCUUUACGAACUUGAUAAGGGUAGGGCUAAGGCUGCUUCGAGACUCAAAUCAGCCUUUGAACGUAUUUUCGAAAAGUAUGAGAGGGAUUUUACCGACGUUGGCGACGAGAUUGAUCUCGAGACCGGUGAAGUGAUUGUCAACAAUGGGCAUCUUCUAUCUCUAGAGGAUGAAAAGGAUCGUAAUCGGGAGGGUUCCAUCUCAAGUAACGAAGAGGAAAGGAUCAUGAGAGGGAAGGAGACCAAAUCAGUUGAAGCAUCGCAUACCAAGUCUUCCGUACAGAGUACUUCAUCCACGCACCCGCAUCCCCCUUUAGGAUUUCCUGCCGGACCAAGUCAACAAGUAAUGGCAUACCAGUAUUCAUCACCUGCGAUACCUCCAAACCCGUACGGGUUCAUGGACCCAUUCAUGGGACACGGACCGGCUGACCCACUCUGGCAAACUCCGGAUUUACCUAUCCCCCUUUAUCAGGAUAGGUUCGGCUUCAUAGGUCAAUCCAUGGGUUACCCGCCUUCCUUUGGCUACGGUUAUGGCCCGAUGUUGGCUCCAGGAGGCUUUGGCCAUGGAACCUUCGGUGAUGUUUUUAGCCCACAGGUGCCGAAGAAACUUCCUCCCACGAAGGCUCCAGCCCGGCAGCUUUUACCUCGUGUGCCAUCAGACGCGGAUGACUCUGGAGAGGAUGAUGUUCUACUGGGUAGCAACACGGAAGAGGUUGUUAAGAGUGUGUCUAUAAAAAGCAUCAAGGCUUUGCCAUCAAUUGCGGCGGCUGAGAAAACGAAACAAAUGACUCAGAAGGAUGCCAAACCCACCUCUACUGCUAAAAAAGAGAAAGAUACUCCAAAGUCACGUCGGGGCCGGCCGAAGAAAGUAGCCGUGCCUGCAAAACCACCAGACUCCAAUAAUGAGGCAAAUGAGAAACAUGGGGAAAAUAUCGAAGCUAAUAUCAGAACUGGGAUAUCGAAUUCAACAGAGCCUACAAAUAACUCAAUAGUUACACCAACACUACCGUCUCCACCAUCUGAAGAGCAUAUUCUCAAGAGAAAAAUUGGCACCGAGCUGACGGAGGCAGAGUUAGUAACUGAGGUAUUGACUGAAGUAGCAACCGAAGGAGACACACAACCUGUCGAUUCCCAGCGACGGAGGUCUUCACGUGGUCGUAAAAAGACAGAAUUCUACGGCCAAAUCACAUGGACGAAAUCACCGAAAUCAAAUGCAAGCGGGGCUGAUGCACAAUAUGUUAAGGAAGAUUUGGUUGAUGAACCUCCUAAUUCACCACCCAUAGAAACAAAUCGAUCUCCUGACCAUGUGAGACCCGAGCAAUUUCCCCAGCAAGAAAUCAUGGAGUUUGACUCAGAUGCCCGGCCUGAAGAGGUCGGGAAAAAAGAGUUUUCUGAUAAGACCCACGUUGCCAUCCCAAAUCAAGAAUACCACGAAGAGUCACCAGUGAAUACUGGUGAUUUAGGUGAAGGUGAAAUACCACAAAGCACUCUACUUAGUCCUCCAAAAAUAAUUGAGAGCUUAGAGCAAUCAGAUUCUUUGUUCUCAAUAGGUGGUCCUCGUAUCGAUGAAGUGUUAACUUCUUCACAAGACAAAGAGGUGUCUCCCGAUGAGACUGAACAGCCUAUAGACCCCACAAAUGAAGAACCCUUGGUCUAUCCAUUGGAGGACACAGUCCAGGAUACAGAUUCUAUUCAGCCAAACGUCCAUGAAGGCGAUUUGGAAGGUCUUACCAUAGAGGGUGCCGCUAUCGAGGCCAACAUAGAAACCACGCCCUCCUGUCCUACAGACAAAGAGAUACCAGCCGUUAUAGAAGAAGCACCCGAAGCCAGUAUUAUAUUGAAUGAUCAUCAAGAAACACCCCAGAGUCCAACUACCCAAAUCCAAUUAGAAGAAGCCACUGCUCAUCUACCCGACCCCGUCCCGGAAGAAAAUCUGUUUCCCGAGCCAGAGAUCGCAGAGUCUGAAAUUGCCGAGACAGAAUCGACAGAGGAAGAGAUGCCUCUUAAGAGUACACCAAGCCGGCCGAGUCUCACAGAAGACUCGGAUCCACUGAGCUUGCCGGAAGAGGACGAGCCUACACUUCCGCCAGCUCGACUCCCAAUUAUAUCCCACCAAUCCAAGGUCCCUGGACUAUUCGAGAAAGCCGAGCUAGCCCUGAGACCACAAGUAAGCCGAAGAGAACCUCGCACAAAGAUCAUCCAAGGCAGGAGUAGCGCCAGCCCAUCGAAAUCCCCAAGCCCCUCAAAACACCGGCUCUCCCAAUCCGCAAAGCCCGGCACUACCACCCCAAUCCCCAGCACACCAAAGAAGCGAAAGGACCCACAACCCGAAACAAGCCACGGAACCGCGUCCGCCAGGAAGAAAUACGCCCUAACAUCCCUCAUCCCCGACGACCCGGACGAAGACGACGACGAGCUAAGCGUCCUCGCAUCAAGCGUCGCGCCCAGCCCCUUCCUCUCCUCAUACACCACAACCAAACCGCACUCCCGAUUCGACGCCCACACCUUCCUAACCUCCACACCCCGCAAACCCAACCGUCACCACGGGUUCCUCACGGGAUCCACAUCAACAUCUAGAUCCGCGCUCCGCACCCCCCACCGCAUCAGCAAGCGCGGCGUCCCCCCCGCCACCGACUCCCGCGCCUCGAAGCGGCGAUUCGCCGGCGGUUCGGGCGGGUCCGGCGUGCAGAGCUCGCCGCUAGCGCGCACGGUGCUGAAUCUGAAUCAUCGGGAGGCUCUUACGGCUACGCCGUCCAAGAGAGGCAGGAAUGGCGGAGAUGGGAACGGAAAUAGGGGUAGGACUAGGGACAGGGACGAAGCAGGGAGCGUGGAACUAGGGAGUAGUCCCGUGCGUACGCCUGGUGGAACGGCGCGGAGGUGCGGCGAGGGUGGGUUUACGUGUGAUCGGGAUUUCUGCUUUACUUGUUGUAAGUGAGGUGGUGGCUAGGCUUAGCUGCGUACCGCGUAUCUUGCUGGGUAGAUGGUUAUUGCGGGAGGGAGUUAGUGAUUAGUAAGCAGGCGGAGGAGCGGAGGGUACUGUGGAAACAGGAGCAUCGUAUAGCAUAGCAUAGCAUGGGGAGAAAAGUGAAGAUUAUAAAAGAGAAGAGAAGGAAAGGAAAUAGAAGAGAAGCAGAGGAAGUCAAAUCAGAGCUAGGAGCUGUAUAUAUGUUAGAGCUAAGCAGUAGGAAACGCCUACGAUUCAAAGCUCUGAAGGCGUAUUGCAAG